CGCAGCAACCCGGACAAGUUCAUUGCUUAAGUCACUAGAAAUAAGAAGAAAAAAAAAACAUUUUAUUAAAAUUUCAUGAAACAUUGUCGACAUCAGAAAUUUAAAAGAAAUAACCUAAUAUGGCAACCAAAUGUAACUGUCCCAUGGAGACCACAACAAACCAUCAAACAGAUUACAAGCUUUUGGACAAAAUUAAACCCAUUAAGUUGCACCACCAUAAGCCCUCUUGUGAUCAGGAGUUAAUCAGUGGACUUAUUGGAAAUAAUCUCCUAAUAAAUGGAAAAGGCAUUAAGAGCAAAAUUUGGCCAGGACUAUUAAAUAAAGCUGAGGAAUACGAAGCAUAUGUCCAACGUUUGAAAACUUGUCGAAAAGAUAUAUAUGAUCUUUAUUACAAAUCUCAUACCAUUGAUAAUAGGCUUUUGGAGAAAAUGGCAAAGAACUUAUCAAAAAGUUGCUAUCAACUUGUAUUUUCUCCUGAUGACUUUGUAUCGUUGCGCAAUCACGCUAAAGAUUUUGCCACUGUUAAUAGCAUGAAAUAUAAAGAAACCACUUAUGACAACUUUUACAGUUGCAUCAAAGAAAUGGAAAUGUUUCAGGUACCUUUCCGUAAGGAUUUAAUGAUAAAUAAAGAACGAUUGGAAUUGAAAAAUGAGCUUCGAAAAAUCUAUCGUUGCGGACGUUCAACAUAUAAUGAUGCAAUAUCGAAACCAGCGGCUAUUGGUGCUAAGCCAACAUUACCAGGUCCAAUCGAUCGUUAUACGCUAAGGCGCAUUUAAACAAUUUAAUGGUAAACAAGAGAAGAGAACAAAAGUAAAUUGCUACUUACACUUUUUCCCAUUCAUGAAAUAAUGGUAAAAUUUUUCUUGCAUGUGAAACUGGCACAAAUAUCAUGGAGAAUUUUAGGAAUAUAUUUGUUUCCUAGAAAGAAAAAAAUAAAUAAAAAUUUAUAAAUAUUUUUUAA